CGUCGCGCGGACGUAAUCACACUGGCGACGCUCAACUCCCGAACAAUUGUCCGCGUUCCAGCGGACAAUUGUCUUUGAGAGUUUUCAUGCAACAAAGUUACUCAAAACUCUUUUUUACCUUAUCUCGCUCGCCGAGCCUACCAAGUUUGGACAAUUUUGUUUCGCCUUUGAGUCGAGAUCGAUGACCCACAUUUUGAGCUCUCCUAACGAACAUUUUGCGUUUUCGAAAAUUCGAUUUUUUAAAAAUUUAAUUCGUUUCUCGUAGAACUGGCUCGAACGAUAAUCGAACUUUUCUUUCAGUCGAUGCAUUUGCUUCAAUCCCUCGAUAAUUUUCUUCGUCCCUAAAUAUUUUUCAGAGCUUUCGAAGACAGCUGGAAAAGAAGAUUGACUGAAAAAAUGAAAAAAUUCGUUAUUCGAAUGACAAGCUUGAGGAGGAAUGAAAAAACUGUUGAAAAAGCAAUGAGAAGAAAAUGGAGAAAAUAUGGGGCCAGCCCUCGACUAGAAUCCCGUUCAAUUGAGAUAUAACAGCGUGCGACUUAUCUCGAAUAAUGAUAAUAAGCUGAGAUGCGUUCCCCUCUCCAUUUACUGACAACACGAAACACAUUCGGAUCGCGUAUCGUGUCAGUCGCCAGUGCAGUGUCGUUGGAGAGAGUGCGAUCUAUGAGAUGUUAGGAAACUGCGUAGGUCCACAGUGGGAGGGAUAAAUCAGUGAAAACUCAUCGCAGCUUCAAUUUUUCGGGGUUUUUCGUAGCUCGAAGUCAGUUGCUUCAGUUACAAGUGAUUUUAUCGUUCGAAAGCUUUUCAAAGUCUCGAGAGGUCGAUUGUAGUCGCGCGUGGACUUUGAGAGACGUCAAUCUACGAAACGAGGUCACUGGAUUACUUGAUUUCUUCGAAUAUAAAAUGUCCGGAUUUUUGAAGGCGACGCUCAGCGAGGAUUUGCCGGAUAUCGAAAAUCUACUGCAACUGAAUCCAAGGACGAAAACCUUCACGAAUUUAGUUCCAUCUGCUCGGACGAAGAUUACCAAACUUCACUGGAAACGAAAUCCUGCUACGAAGUGUGGGGAUUGUAUUUCUUUGGAGAAGAAUUUCGAUGACAUCAAACACACGACCCUGAGCGAGCGCGGAGCUCUCAAGGAGGCCGCGCGCUGUCUCAAGUGCGCGGACGCGCCCUGUCAAAAGUCGUGCCCCACGCAGCUCGACGUCAAAUCCUUCAUAACUUCGAUCUCGAACAAAAAUUAUUAUGGAGCCGCGAAGGCCAUCCUCUCGGACAACCCGCUGGGCCUCACCUGUGGAAUGGUUUGUCCGACGAGCGACCUCUGCGUCGGUGGAUGCAACCUCGCCGCCGUCGAAGAAGGCCCUAUCAAUAUUGGAGGGCUCCAGCAGUUUGCUACUGACGUUUUUAAGCAAAUGAACAUUCGUCAGAAGAGAAUUCCUGGUCAGAGGGUGGAUCAUCCGAACACGAAAAUCGUUUUGAUCGGUUGUGGGCCUGCGUCGCUUUCCUGUGCGACGUUUUUGGCUCGGCUGGGCUACGACAACGUGACGAUUUACGAGAAGGAAAAAUAUUUCGGGGGUCUGAGUUCCUCCGAAAUCCCGCAGUAUCGUUUGCCCUUCGACGUCGUUAAUUUCGAGACGGAGCUCGUUAAAGAUCUCGGCGUGAAGAUCGUGCUCGGCAGAUCUUUGUCGGUCGACGAUUUGACGAUAAAAAGUCUCCAGGGGGACGGCUGCGAGGUCAUUUUUUUGGGCAUCGGACUUCCGGAGCCAAAGAAAAUUGGCAUUUUCGAAAAUCUCGACGAAAAAAUGGGAUUUUACACCUCGAAAAAUUUCCUCCCUGCCGUUUCCCUCGGCAGCAAAGCUGGCAUGUGUCCGUGCAAAAAUGGCUCGAGAAAUUUGCCCCAAUUGCAUGGGAACGUGAUCGUCCUCGGCGCCGGAGACACCGCCUUCGAUUGCGCCACUUCCGCUCUCCGCUGCGGCGCCAAAAAAGUUUUUGUUGUAUUCAGGAAAGGAUUUACCAACGUUCGAGCCGUCCCCGAAGAGGUGGAGUUGGCACGCGAGGAGAAAUGCGAGUUCGUCCCGUUCCAAUCGCCGAAGAGCGUCAUUGUCCGAGACUCGAAAAUAGUCGCGAUGGAAUUUUAUCGAACUGAGGAAAACGAGAACGGCGAUUGGAUCGAGGACGAGGAUCAAAUCGUCCGCUUAAAAGCUAAUUUCGUCAUCUCGGCUUUCGGCUCGGGGCUUUACGACGAGCGGAUAAAACUGGCGAUGGAUCCGGUGAAACUGAACAAAUGGGGACUGCCGGAGGUCAACCCCGAGACGAUGGAAACCUCGGUCGCGGGAGUCUUCUGCGGCGGCGAUCUCGCCGGGGUCGCUCAAACCACCGUCGAAUCGGUAAACGAUGGAAAAACCGCCGCUUGGCACAUCCACAAAUUCAUACAACGAUCGAACGCUUCUCCGCUCCCGGACGAACCGCAGCUCCCGAAAUUUCACACCGCCGUCGACGAAGUUGAUCUCAGCGUCCAAGUCUGCGGCAUCAAAUUCGAAAAUCCGUUUGGUCUCGCCUCCGCACCACCGGCCACUACCAGCGCCAUGAUUCGACGCGCUUUCCAGGCUGGAUGGGCCUUUGCCGUUACGAAAACUUACAGUCUCGAUAAAGAUCUCGUGACGAACGUUUCGCCUCGAAUAAUCAAAGGCACGACCUCCCGUCAUCACUACGGUCCUGAGCAGGGUAGUUUUCUCAACAUCGAGCUCAUUUCCGAAAAAUCCGAGGCUUACUGGUGUCGCAGCAUCGUCGAGUUGAAGAGAGAUUUUCCGACGAAGGUCGUCAUCGCCAGCAUAAUGUGCAGUUUCAACGAAGAAGAUUGGACGACUCUGGCCAGGAGGGCUGAAGCUACUGGGGCCGAUGCCUUGGAGCUGAAUUUGUCGUGUCCGCACGGCAUGGGCGAGUCGGGGAUGGGCCUCGCGUGUGGCCAAGAUCCCGUGCUGGUAAAAAAUAUAUCAAAAUGGGUUCGAGGUGCCGUGAAAAUACCGUUUUUCGUGAAGCUGACUCCAAACAUAACGGACAUCGUGAGCAUAGCGGAGGCGGCGUACGAGGGUGGUGCUAACGGAGUUUCGGCGAUAAACACGGUGCAAGGAUUGAUGGGGCUGCACGGCGACGGGACUCCUUGGCCGGCGGUCGGGGCUUCAAAAUUUACGACUUACGGUGGAAUGUCAGGAAACGCUACGCGCCCGCAAGCCCUGCGAGCGAUUUCCUCGAUCGCGAGGAAACUGCCGGGUUUCCCGAUCCUCGGCAUCGGCGGAAUCGACUCCGCCGACGUCGCUCUCCAGUUUUUACAUUGCGGAGCUUCCGCCCUGCAGGUUGGCAGCGCUGUACAGAAUCAGGACUUCACUCUCAUCGACGAUUACACCGUCGGACUCAAGGCUCUUUUGUACCUCUCCAGUUUAGCCGAUAAAAAAGAAUGGGACGGACAAAGUCCUCCGACCUUCAAACACCAGAAGGGCAAACCCGUUUCCUUGCAACACGCUCUUGGAAAAAACGUUCCAUACUUCGGCGAAUACCAAUUGAUGCGAGAGAGAAAAACGGCUGAAUUGAAAUCCCGGACGAAUCCACUGGACGAGGUUCCUGAGCCGGUGAGACCGAUCGCCGAUCUCGUGCUUCCUGUGCCUCCGCUCAAGGACGUUAUUGGCAAAGCCUUACCCCGCAUCGGCGCGUACAAACGAUUGAACAACAAGGAGCAGGUCGUCGCUCUGAUCGACGACGACAUGUGCAUCAAUUGCGGGAAAUGCUACAUGGCUUGCGCCGACUCGGGAUACCAAGCGAUCAAAUUCGACGCCGACACUCACAUUCCCCUCGUCACCGACGACUGCACCGGGUGCACGCUUUGCCUCUCUGUUUGUCCAAUCAUCGACUGCAUAACAAUGGUGUCAAAGACGAUACCUCACGUGAUAAAACGAGGCGUUCCACCGAGUUCUUCCAACGGUAUUGUCGAAGUAUCCGUCCAGUGAUAGCAACAAUGCCAAUGAACGGUGCCAUUUCGUUGGUUCACAAUGAUUUAUUUGUAUUUAUCGAAACCAUGGAAAAUGGUGUGAAUAAAUUGGACAAUAAUUUUGCACAAA